AUGGACCCAUCUGUAAUUGAGGCAACGCAAGGAGUGCUCGGUUUGAAGUCUUAUACUCCAGCAUCAACCCGCCUACAUAAUCUUACUUCAAGAUUGAGGAAGAUAUUUUACAUGCAGGAUCCUAACAUAGAAGUAAGUGCGGUAACCCCAGAUGGAAUUUGGGCAUAUGAUGCAACUUGGGCUCUAGCUGAAGCAGUUGAGAGGACCUGGACUUCUACAGGAUUGAACCUAGUGAAUUUAAACAAUAUUACAUCCUCCAAACAUGGACUUCUGCUUCUUCAAGAGAUAUUGCAAACAAGGUUUAAGGGUAUAAGCAAUGAAGAAAUUCAAUAUCCAAAUGGGAAGCUAGUUUCAAGUGCAUUUGAGAUUGUGAAUGUCAUAGGAAAAGGGGAAAGAAGGACAUUCGAUGCUGUUGUUGGGGAUACCACGAUCACAUCGGAGAGAUCUCAGUAUGUUGGUUUUACAAUACCAUAUACUGACUUAGGUGUGGGGAUGCUAGUAUCAAAUGAAAAUGGAGACAUGUGGAUUUUCUUGAAACCUCUUUCGGCAGAUCUUUGGAUCACAAUUGCGGGUUUCUUUAUCUUGACCGGUUUCGUUGUGUGGGUAAUUGAGCGUCCUGCCAACCCAGAAUACCAAGGCAAGCCUUCACAGCAAAUCGGAACCAUAUUAUGGUUCUCCUUCUCAACCCUUGUGUUUGCUCAUAGGGAGAAGUUGUUAAACAAUUUAGCAAAGUUUGUAGUGAUCAUAUGGGUGUUUGCUGUGCUUAUAUUGACUUCCAGUUACACAGCAACUCUGACAUCAAUUAUGGCAGUUAACCAAAUACGAUUAAACUCAAGAGGGGACUAUAUAGGUUACCAAUCAGGUUCAUUCACCCAGGGACUAGUAAAGAACUUGAAUUUCAAAGGUCUUAAACCCUAUAAUUUGGUUGAAGAAUAUGCUCUCGCUUUAUCAAGAGGAAGUAACCAUGGUGGUGUCUCUGCUAUAGUUGACGAGGUUCCAUACAUGAAGAUCUUCCUUGCACACUAUCCUACUGGCUACUCCAUGAUUAAACCCGAAUCUAGCACCAAUGGUUUUGGCUUUGUUUUCCCUAAAGGUUCGAAAUUGGUCCAUGAUAUGUCAAUGCGAAUUCAACUAAUGAGAGAAGAGGGAAAGCUUAUAGAGAUGGAGAAGGUCUGGUUUCAUAAGAGAACAAUUCCUAUGUUUGACAACACAACGAGUGAUCCCAAUACUCUGAACUUCCAUACCUUUCGUGGUUUAUUUCUCGUUACUGGGGUUUCUUCAGCUUUUGCUCUUUUCAUAUUCAUAAUAUUCCCACUCAAAGAAAAAUGGUAUGCCGUGAAGAAAUUCAGGUUUAGAUAUCAGGUUUGAGAAAAGCUGCAGCGUGUAAGGAAGUUCUUCUCUUGCAAAGUUUCCGAUGAAACCGAAGAAAACCAGUAGACAGAUAGUGCAUGAAGCUAAGUAUUAACUAUGUAGAACUAGAUAUU